CAUGAACUGAAUGAACGAAUGUUUAGUGUUUAGUGAGUCAUAGAGUGAGGCCUGAGUUGCAGUGAAAUGCAUGCAAUGAGUACUGCGAGUGAGAAGUGAAUGAAUGAGUCUAUGGUUUGUAUUCAAUGUAUUCAAACAAAUGUCAACAAAACCUAUGAAUCCAUUGCCUGUCAAUUGAAUGCACGAAUCGUGAAGACAUCACUUAUUAGGCGUUCAAUUGAUUCGCAGCAGUAGUUGUCAUCACAGUUGGUGUCUUUGAGACAACCAAUUGAUACAAAUAAGUGAUUGACAUCCGAGUGGUUGGCUUUGAGCACACAAUCCAUUACUCUUACCACAGAAGGGAUCACUUGAAUGAUAUGUCUCAUCAAAAGUCUGGCAAAUCGGGCGAAGAGGUGGUGGUGAUCGCCAAAUACGACUACUCGGCGCAGGGAUCACAGGAGUUGGACCUGAAGAAGAAUGAGAGACUGGUAUUACUGGACGACAGUAAGCACUGGUGGAAAGUCUUGAAUUCGAGGAAUCAGUCGGGAUUUGUUCCCUCGAAUUACGUCAAGCGCGAGAAGCCCUCCCUCUUUGACAGCAUUAGGAAACGGGUCCGCAAGAAGACCGACUCUCACUCUCACCGCCACAACAGUCCCCUGUCGUCGCCCAUUGCGCCCAAAGCGGUCGACAUCGACAUCACGUGUUCGCCCGACUAAUUGUGU